UGCAGGUGCUGGUCACGCCGUUAGACCGUAUCGUUCGUGGCGUAUACAAAAAAUAUAUCCAACGAAUUGCUUAUGAAGUGUCAAAAUUUCCUGUCCCAGUUAGACCGAUGGUUCACUUUUGCAACCCUGUGCGUCUGCUUCUCAUCGGGGCUUGCUUAGGUGCUGUAUCUGGAGCCCCUGCUUCCGAUGUAUCAUGCAAGAAUGCACACGGCAAGGAUGUAGACUGGUUCGUAAUUUACAAGCUGCCAAAAACUAAAGAUGAUAACAGAAAUACAAGGUCACUUUUAGGUGGCGAGAUGGCAUAUUACGACAGUAGUUCAAACAAUUCGGAGUGGACCUUGUUGGACAACGACAUUUACGCGAAAAAAUUGAAUCCUAUUAAGGAAACACUGGCGCCGUUGUAUGAUUCUACGAAAAAAAACGUUGCCUUUCUGGCUUACAACGACCAGCCUCCUCAAGGCUUCGGCGGCUCAAGAGGAGGGCACACAAAGGGUGUGUUAUUGGCGGGUACCGGACGCAGCGAAGGUGUAGUGUGGCUUCAGCACAGCGUGCCGAGGUUUGUGGAGGACGUGAAGAACAAAUACGAAUACCCGGAGAGUGGUCGAGAGAACGGUCAACUCUUCUUCUGCAUCUCGUUCCCCUUGCAGGCAGUCGAAAAUAUAUCUUUGCAUCUUCGAGUCCAAGGCGCCAAUGUAUACCAGUCGCGUGCACCGAAGUGGGCCGCCGAUUUUGAUGAAUUCUGGUAUUUGCUUCACCAGAUGUAUAGGAGAGACAAAAAGGGUCACUUGCGGAUCGACCUUCUGCACACAAGUGCGCACAGGCUUGUGCUGGCCAUUGCCAAGCCUCCACGAUUGUUGCGAGACGUCUACACACAGGAUUUAAAAAACCACAUGAACGACAGCAUCACGGUCCAGUCCUGGAAAAAUGGGGCCGGCGGUGCCCAACAAAAGCACUGCACCAAAACGUACAGCGUCACUGACGUUGAGACGAUAAGGAUACACACGAAAGAUGACGACCUGUAUUUCACAACUAGUGAGGACCACAGCAAGUGGUAUGUCACAAAGUCAAACGGAAUAUUCUGCUUUUCUUCGCUGAACCGCAUGCUAUCCCAAAUGAAGCGUGGAGGCGAAAUUACUUGUAUUGCGAACAAGUCCCUGGCAACCCUAUUCAUAAAAAGUAUCUAUAAACGGAGCCUAUGUAAAGGUGAAAAAGCAGACUAGACGCCUCAAACUGUGCCCAUGUAAAGGAGUAUACAAGGCCGUCAACAAAAAGAUCCACUCGUCUGCCACUUCCGUUCCACUCAUUCCCAUACUUUACUCUUACUCUGUCGCAUGUCGUUCAGGUGGACCUUUCCAGCCUUCCAUUAAUAAAGCAUA